CCUCUCUCUCUCUCUCUCUCUCUCUCCACUUUCUCUCUCUAGGAGCUCCGAGCUCACUCCAAUGGCGAUCGCCGUGGCGCGCGUUUGGGCCCCCAAAACCCUAAUCCCCCCCUCCAUCUCCUCGUCGUCGUCGUCGUCCGAUCGGAGGAGCCCUAGGGGGUGUCUCCUCGCCUCCUCCCACCACGUCGCCGGGGAGAAGCUUCUCCACCCCCGCCGCCGCCGCAGCGGCUCCUCCGCCGCCGCCGCGCCCGUCGUCGUCUCCCCCAGGGCCGUCUCCGACUCCCGCAGCUCCCAAACCUGCCUCGAUCCCGACGCGAGUCGGAGUGUUUUAGGCAUCAUUCUCGGGGGCGGAGCGGGUACUCGGCUGUACCCGCUAACGAAGAAGAGGGCGAAACCGGCGGUUCCUCUCGGAGCCAACUAUAGAUUGAUAGACAUUCCUGUGAGCAAUUGCUUGAACAGCAAUAUUUCGAAGAUUUACGUUCUGACCCAAUUCAACUCGGCGUCCCUCAACCGCCACCUCUCGCGGGCUUAUGGGAGCAACAUGGGCGGAUACAAGAACGAAGGGUUUGUCGAAGUUCUUGCUGCGCAGCAGAGUCCGGAAAAUCCCAACUGGUUUCAGGGUACUGCUGAUGCUGUGAGACAAUAUCUGUGGCUCUUCGAGGAGCACAAUAUCAUGGAAUUCCUGGUUCUCGCUGGAGAUCACUUGUACCGUAUGGACUACGAGAAGUUCAUUCAAGCACAUAGAGAAACAAACGCAGAUAUUACUGUGGCUGCGUUGCCAAUGGAUGAAAAACGCGCGACUGCUUUUGGCCUGAUGAAGAUUGACGAAGAAGGACGCAUCAUCGAAUUCGCGGAGAAGCCGAAAGGAGAGCAGCUGAAGGCGAUGAAGGUUGAUACCACCAUACUAGGACUUGAUGACGAGAGGGCGAAAGAGAUGCCCUUCAUUGCCAGCAUGGGUAUUUACGUGUUCAGCAAAGAUGUCAUGCUGCAGUUACUCCGUGAAAAGUUUCCUGGAUCCAAUGACUUUGGAAGUGAGGUUAUUCCCGGUGCAACAAGCAUCGGAAUGAGGGUGCAAGCUUACUUGUACGAUGGUUACUGGGAAGACAUUGGAACGAUCGAGGCAUUCUACAAUGCUAAUCUAGGGAUAACUAAAAAGCCAAUUCCCGACUUCAGCUUCUAUGAUCGCUCAGCUCCGAUCUACACGCAGCCGCGAUACUUACCGCCUUCGAAAAUGCUCGAUGCCGAUGUCACCGACAGUGUUAUCGGCGAGGGAUGCGUUAUCAAAAAUUGCAAGAUUCACCACUCGGUCGUCGGGCUCCGAUCCUGUAUCUCCGAAGGCGCAAUAAUCGAAGACUCGUUGCUCAUGGGAGCUGACUACUACGAGACGGAUGCUGAUAAGAGGUUCCUCUCUGCAAAAGGUAGCGUGCCGAUAGGCAUUGGAAAGAACUCUCACAUCAAGCGAGCUAUUAUCGAUAAGAAUGCCCGCAUCGGAGAGAAUGUCAAGAUCAUCAACGGCGACAGCGUGCAAGAAGCGGCGAGGGAGACGGACGGCUACUUCAUCAAAAGCGGCAUCGUGACGGUGAUCAAGGACGCCCUCAUCCCCAGCGGAACCGUCAUAUAAAGAUGCUCGGCUCGGCUUCGAUAUCGCGUAUGCACUUCUCUCCUAGUGUCAUCUCUGGCUUUACCGUCUCAUCUUUCCUACUUGCGUAAAUUGUUAUGAGUAUUCUAGUGUUAUAUUCUAGUGUUAUGGUACGUCGGUAGAACGAAGAACAUAUUAAUGGCUUUAUUUUUUUAUUUUUUGUAUAAAGGAAGCUUUUUUUUUUCGCCGCGGAACUAGAAAAUAAAUGCCUGUUUAUCUUGGCAUAUCGAAAUUUAGAAUAAAAAAACAAAACUCUGUGAUAUUAUGAUAGGCAAUUUAAAUGACCAUGAUGAUGUAUCCUGGGAUAAAUCUCUUGCAAAUUCUAUUAUCAUGUGAAGUUUCUAAUAAAUGUUUCUGUGUGGAAGAUGAAAA